AUGUUAUCACCAUUUUCAUCAACUAAUGACAACAAUGAUUCAAAUAUCAUUGAUUUAUUGUAUCAUUUAUGUAAAGAAAAUGAAAUAGAACAAGUUCAAAGUAUUCUAUCAGAUAUUGAUAAUAUAAAUAUUAUAAAUAAAAUUCAAAAUUCAACUGGUUCAACAUGUUUGCAUGUGGCAUGUUAUUAUGGACAUCGACAUAUUGUACAACUUUUAUUAGAUUAUGGAGCUCUACAUUUCAUUAGAAAUUUACGACACAACUUAACACCUUAUGAAGAAGCAUAUACAGAUGAUAUAAAAAAGCUAUUUGUAGAACAUCGCAAAUUAUUUUCAAAUAAUGAUUUUGAUUAUGAUUAUAUUGAAUGGGCAGUAGUAGGAGAUGAUCUUCUUGGAAAACGACGUGAAUUUCGUCAAGCUAUUGAUUUAUAUAAAACCUAUGAUAAUCAUCAUUUAAUAUCAAAAUUAUUAGCUGAAGUUAUUCACUAUUAUUUAAAUGAAUAUUUAGUAAAUCAAAUUAAUGAUAAUGGCAAUCCCGAAGAUCACAUUACUCGUCAACAAAUUGAAACUAUUGAAGCAUAUUUUAAAGAAGCUAUAGAAAAACAAGAUUAUUUAACAUAUUUUAUAAAAGCUUAUACAUUAACAAAUUUUUUUUAUAAAGUAUUAAAUAAACAUUUGGCUCUAUAUAUAUUACAAUAUUUUGUUAAAACAAAAGACUUUUCAUCCAAUUAUCGUCUUGUAAAUUGUCUGGUUCACAUUGUUACACUCUUAAUUUAUCAUCCAAAUUUACCUCAAUAUCAAUAUCAAGGUUUAUGUUAUCGUGGUAUGAGAAUAACACAAAAUGAUUUAGAUCAAUAUCUCUCAAAUCAAUAUAUAUUAAAUCGUUCAUUUUUAUCAACGUCAAUUGAUCGUGAAGUAGCUGAAAUGUUUGCUGGUGAAGGCCAACAAUCCAAAAUGAGAUAUAUUCCUAAAGAUCAUUGUGCAUUACAAUAUUCAUGUUUAUGUCAAUAUUUAAUAAAACAAAAUUCAACAGCUAUCAAUAUAUAA